AUGAUAUUCAAUAUAUACGUUUAUUUACGUUGCACUACUUUACCGUACCAAAAUUGUUACUUGAAAGAGGGGUCGGAACGGGCGGGUAUGCUAUUCGAUAGAGAAGAUGUCAAAGUGUAUGAUAGCAAAACAAUCACCUCUCAUCUACCCAACCACAUACCCGCCUUCUUCCGACCCAUCUUUCAAUUUAAGAUCCAGAAGAAUGAACGACUCAUCCGAUCGCUCGUUGAUAUCGUUUGCGAAAACUUUAUAACAAAUAAAGAGCUAAAAGUGACGGAAAUAAACAUGACUUCCGGAUUAUUGGCCACAGAAGUUGAACAAAAUAUUAAACAAUUCAAAAUCUUUCCAUUUGAUGUUGACUAUAAUCUUGUGGUGAAAUCACAACAAAAUAUUCUUGAAAUCUAUAAGAGUAGGUCUAUUGAAUGGGAUCCUAAGGAUAAUAUUUUAUUAAAGUCUUCGCAUUUGAUUAUAUUGAGAGACACACAAGACUUGUGGCAAAUGGAUUUGCAGUCAUUUAUUCAGGACAUUUAUGAUUCUCUUCAAACACAUGGAUUUUUAUUAUCUGUAUUUCGGUAUAAGUUUACGGAACCGGAGAUUGCUUUCAUGGAUUUUACAGAACAAUCACUGAUAAACGACACCCAACUUAAGGAACGAAUUCAAAACUUUAUGUCAAUUUGCGAUAAAUUAGAUCUGAAUCUAAUUUGCAAUAAAUCUGAUUCCAUCUCAAGUCAAAGCUUAUUAUUUAAAAAAGUUGUAAAUAAUUACAAAAUUCCCGAUAAAAAUAAUAUAAUUAAUAUUAGCGGCGAUUAUCAGCAAUGGUUUGAAUUAUUAAAACAAAGAAUAAUUACCGCUAAGGACUCAGUCAAUUCGACAGAUAAUAUAUGGCUUGUAUCUCAAGACUCGUGUAUUAAUGGAAUAUUAGGUUUAAUGAAUUGUUUGCGAUUGGAAUCAGGAGGAGAAUGCUUGAGAUAUAUCUUCCAUAUGGACACCAAUACUGACACUAACAUUGACUUCAAUACUAAACCCUAUUCUGAUAUAUUAGCCAACGAUUUGGUAGCAAAUGUUGUCAAAGGAGGAAAACUGGGAACUUAUAGACAUAUUAAACUUCCCGCAGAUUACGAUAAAAUUGAAUCAAAUGAAUAUCAUUUAAAUUUUGGACAAAUCCAAGAUUUAGCUUCUCUUCAAUGGUAUAAUUCACAAAAAAUUCCUGAUCGCACCGAAUCUUAUUCAGUAAACAACACAAAAAUAAUUAAACAUAAAGUCAAUGUUUACUAUUCCGGCUUAACAUUCAAGGAUGUAAUGCUUGCAACAGAGGUGAUCAGUAUAUUCCGACUGAGCUAA